AUGGUGAAGGUGACGUUCAAUUCGGCUCUGGCCCAGAAGGAGGCCAAGAAGGACGAGGCCAAGAGCGGCGAGGAGGCGCUCAUCAUCCCUCCGGACGCCGUUGCCGUGGACUGCAAGGACCCAGAUGAAGUGGUUCCAGUUGGCCAAAGAAGAGCUUGGUGUUGGUGCAUGUGCUUUGGACUGGCGUUUAUGCUCGCGGGUGUCAUUCUAGGGGGAGCAUACCUGUACAAAUAUUUUGCACUUCAACCAGAUGACGUCUACUACUGUGGAAUAAAGUACAUCAAAGAUGAUGUCAUCUUAAAUGAGCCUUCUGCAGAUGCCCCAGCCGCUCGCUACCAGACCAUUGAGGAAAAUAUCAAGAUCUUUGAGGAAGAUGAGGUUGAAUUCAUCAGCGUGCCUGUCCCAGAGUUUGCAGAUAGUGACCCUGCCAAUAUUGUUCAUGACUUUAACAAGAAACUCACCGCCUAUUUGGAUCUUAACCUGGAUAAGUGCUAUGUGAUUCCUCUGAACACUUCCAUUGUCAUGCCACCCAAAAACCUAUUGGAGUUACUUAUUAACAUAAAGGCUGGGACCUACUUGCCUCAGUCAUAUCUGAUUCAUGAACACAUGGUCAUCACUGAUCGCAUUGAAAACAUUGACCACCUGGGUUUCUAUAUUUAUCGACUGUGCCAUGACAAGGAAACGUACAAACUGCAACGCAGAGAAACCAUUAAAGGUAUUCAGAAACGUGAAGCCAGCAUCUGUGCUACGAUUCGGCAUUUUGAGAACAGAUUCGCCGUGGAAACUUUAAUUUGCUCUUGA